CUUUGACUUCGAUUUGACCGGCUUGGACAGCCGGUGGGGACUCUUUGACCUGCCCUUUUGACCUUUUGACUUGACCCGAUUUCCCUUUGCAGAUUGAGGUGAAUAAGGGGACUCAUAUGAGAAACGCAAUUAGCCUGCUCGGGUGGUCGUGGAGGCGACAGGCGGCCGGCGUGAACAAGCCGGUGGACCGCGACGCCUGGAUCAUCCACCCGACCGUCGUCGACGCCUUCUACUAUUCCAGCACGAACUCCAUCGUCAUCCCGGCGGGGAUCCUGCAGAGUCCGUUCUACCAGAAGGGGAGGCUCGCGGCCUUGAACUACGGCGGGAUCGGGAUGGUCAUCGGGCACGAGAUCACGCACGGGCACGAUGAAUGUCCGAUUUCUUCAAAUCCAAUGAACGUCGAAGAGCCUCAUGCCUCCACACGUAUUGACAGGUUCGAUCACGACGGUGGCCUGUUCGAUGCUCGUGGGAACCGGGUCGACUGGUGGACGGAGGCGACGCGCCAGGCCUUCUCGGAACGGGCGCAGUGCUUCGUCGAGCAGUACGGCGGCUACGGGGUCCUUGAGCUCGCGGAGUUCCUGGAAGACCCGCACGUCGACGGUCGGUUGACCCUGAGAGAGAACAUAGCGGACAACGGAGGUUUGAGUGAGACCUGGUCCGCCUACCUCAGCUACGUCGACCGGAACGGAACGGAACCCUUCCUCCCUGGUCUCGAGUUCCUCACGCCUGAGCAGCNCGGACUCCUGGCUGUUCUCCUCUUCCUGGUUCUUGCGGACGCAGCGCAGAAGGAGGCAGCCGCGAAGAGUUCGGAGGCGACACGGAUGGAGAUGAGAUCGACGCCGCUGAAGGGCGGAGGGCUGGAGAGACCUCACAUCCCCCUUUUCCUGCUCGACUCCAACGGAAUUCCCAACAGGAAUGCGUUCGUGGAAGGCAGGCCGUAG